AUGGCAAAUUUAAAGCAACUCAAAGAUGAACUCCAAGAAGUCGUUGCGGAAAUGGAAAACAUGGAUACUCCUGACGAAAGCAAAAAUUACACGAAAACAAAACAAUUGUCAAUCGGAAGAAAGAAAUUCAACAUGGAUCCGAAAAAGGGAAUCGAAUAUCUUCAAGAGCACGGAUUGCUUCAGGCGACACCCGAAGACGUGGCCGCGUACCUGUACAAAGGUGAAGGACUCAACAAAACAGCCAUCGGAGAUUAUUUAGGGGAGAAAAAUCCGUUCAAUGAAAAAGUUUUGAAAGCUUUUGUCGAACUUCACGAUUUCACUGAUCUCAUAUUAGUCCAAGCUUUAAGGCAGUUCCUGUGGUCGUUUAGAUUACCCGGUGAAGCUCAGAAAAUAGACAGAAUGAUGGAAUGCUUUGCCCAAAGGUACUGUCAACUGAAUCCAAAUAUAUUCACAAAUCCGGACACUUGUUACGUUCUAUCAUUUGCCGUAAUCAUGCUCAACACAAGCCUUCACAAUCCGAGCGUGAAAGAUAAACCUUCCGCCGAACAAUUUAUAUCAAUGAACAGGGGGAUUAACAAUGGCGGAGACUUAAACAAGGAAUUAUUGAUUAGUUUGUACGAGAGCAUAAAAACGGAACCGUUUAAAAUACCAGAAGACGACGGAAACGAUCUUAUGCACACAUUUUUUAAUCCAGAUAAGGAAGGAUGGCUUUGGAAGCAAGGGGGUCGAUACAAGAGUUGGAAAAGGAGAUGGUUUAUAUUGAACGACAAUUGUUUGUACUAUUUCGAAUACACCACCGACAAAGAGCCCAGGGGUAUAAUACCUUUGGAAAACAUUCAAGUGAGAGAAGCGAGCGACAGGCAUAAACCUCACUGUUUCGAAUUAUACGCAACAGGAACUGAUUUUAUAAAAGCGUGCAAAACGGAUAGCGAAGGAAAAGUCGUCGAAGGAAAACACACGGUUUAUAGAAUGUCAGCGGCGACGGCGGACGAAAAAGAAGAUUGGAUAAAAUGUGUCAGGCAAUCAAUUAGUCAUAAUCCAUUUUACGACAUGUUAGCCGUGAGAAAGAAAAAGGCUCAAAAAACUGCAGUUCACCAUCAUUUGACAAACAGCUAG